GACUUGGAAAGGGGGCAGGACAGGGUGGAGGGAUAUCAGUUGAGAUGAAGGUAUAAAUGUAGAGAAUCGCAGAGUGCACAUGUCCAGUCUGGUGAAUGAAGACUUGUCUCAGCAGCACGAUGAUUGGCCUGAUUGUACUCACACUCCUGGGGGCUGCAGCGGCAGCUCCUAUGGAUGACAGGAUCGUGGGGGGUUAUGAGUGUGAGGCUCAUUCCCAGCCCUGGCAAGCCUCUCUUAACAUCGGCUACCACUUCUGUGGCGGCUCCCUCAUUAAUGACCAGUGGAUCAUCUCUGCCGCCCACUGCUGGAUGAAUCCUUGGAGUCAGCUUGCUAUCCUGGGUGACCACCACAUCUGGGAGCAUGAGGGAACGGAGCAGUACAUGUCUGUGGACGCCAUCUACUGGCACCAGAGCUAUGACUACCAGACCCUGGACCACGACAUUAUGCUGUUGAAGCUGGCCCACCCUGUCACUCUCAACAAGUUUGUCAAGCCCAUCGCCCUGCCCACAGCCUGCCCCAAGGCCGGGGACAUGUGUGUGGUGUCUGGAUGGGGAAACAUCUACACCGACUCUGUGUUCAACCCAUUUAACCUGCAGUGUGUGGACAUCCCCAUCCUGUCUAAGAAGGCCUGUGAGGAGUCCUACCCUGGCCAGAUUACUGAUACCAUGGUGUGUGCCGGAUACCUGGAGGGAGGCAAGGACGCCUGUCAGGUAUGGAGAAUACCCUGGUGA